AGGUUGUGUGAGAAAAAGGAGAAGGCAGCUGUCCACGGCUAAACAUCGUGAUCCAAACUGUUUUUGAUUCUUGGUGAACCUAUAGACUUCUAUUGAGCUUAGUACAGACAAACAAUGUGGCCUGUGACCGUUUCCCUUUGGGCAGCAGCCAUGUUGAUGGGACUGCAGCCGGGUGCUUAUUCCACUGACAUCAUCAUAGACCGAUCUUCGAAAAACCUCUCCUCUGUCCCAGGAGACCUGCCACAGACGGCCGAGCUUGUAGAUCUUUCAUGCAACCACAUACAGCAACUUCACAAAGGAGACUUUAGCAACACCCCUUUCCUGAGGUUCCUCAACAUUUCUUGGAAUAGUUUGGAGGAGAUCGAUCCGGAGACGUUCCUCGACACGCCGUUCCUGGAGAACCUGGACCUGUCCCACAACAGACUGAAGAACCUGUCGGGUCAGCUGUACCUGCUGCACACAGAGAACCUUCUGGGACUAAAUUUGACCAGCAAUAACUUUCUCACAAUCACACUGGGGAGUGAGUUCCGUCCUCUGAUUAAACUGGAACAGUUAGGACUUGGAGCACGAAGCAUUAGCACAGGUGACUUCAGGAAUAUUGCUGGAGCAAAACUGCAUACACUGACUCUUUCCCUGGAAAAUGAACUGCAAUAUACAACAGGCAGUUUGAACGAUGUCCAUGCUCAAAGACUUCAGAUAUCCUUCACUAAUUAUCAAAUAAUUGACCAUGAUCUAGUUGGUGAUGCACUGUCACACUUUGCUGAAGUGGAGUUGAUGGAUUUAGCAGGUGGCUACCGAGACCUGGGUAGGCAGCUGAGUGAGAGAGUAGAAAUCCUCACAUCUCAUCUUUAUCUCACCAACAUAUCAAUCAACUGGUAUGACUUGACUUACUUUUCAAAUGUGGUUCUGCGUACAUCACUGACCCAUCUGACCGCCACUGACGUAGCCAUGCAUCAUAUGCCUUAUACAGACACUGACGUGACCCCAACAUCUAAACUGAAGAGCUUCACAGCCAAGAGAGCAGUGGUGAUGGAUUUCUUCUUUUCACAGGAGGCUGUAUACAACUUUUUUAUUAACAUGCCAGUGGAGAGUUUAGUCUUUAAUGAGACUCCAAUCAUACACAUGACAUGCCCAAAGUCACACAGUCCUAUUCUCCAGCUGGACUUCUCCCAUUGCGCUCUGUCCGACUCCAUCUUCACCAGAGUGGAAAAUAACACAAUUCUUGAAUGUGAGAACCUUGUUAACGUAAGGCAACUGAUUAUUGUUGACAACAAUCUUAAGAACCUUCAGUCGCUGAGCAAACGAGUCCGAUUCAUGAAGUCCUUGCAACAUCUGGACCUCAGCCUCAACUCCCUGACUUAUGAUGGUGUUGGAGAAUGUGUCUGGCCACCAAACAUCAUCAACAUGACUUUGUCUUCUAAUGGUCUGACAGACUCUGUUUUUAAAUGUCUACCAAAAGGAACAGAGACACUGGAUCUCCACAACAAUCAGGUUUCUGUGAUACCAUCAUCCAUCUUGAAAAUGGAAAAUCUUUCAUCUCUGAAUCUGAAUGCUAACAGGCUGCGGGACCUGCCAUCAUGUAAUGGUUUCCCAAUACUGAAUGAGCUUCUGCUCAGGUCAAAUUCCCUCCAUGCACCACUCAUGAAAAAUCUAGAAAGCUGCCCAAAUCUGAAAAUACUGGACGUCAGUUACAACCCCUUCACCUGCACCUGCCCUCUGAAUGCUUUCAUUGGUGCUGGCAUCAAGUCUGAAGAGCAGAAAAGUCAGACAGGAUUUGAAUUGUUGAACUGGCCAUCUGAAUAUUACUGCACUUACCCAGAGGCUGUUAGAGACGUCACCUUGAAAGACGUCUCGAUCCCAGAGAUCACCUGUAAUGUCAGCUUACUAGCUGCCACCAUCUUGGUCCCAGCAGUGACAUUUAUUAUCAUUGUUGUGGGCCUGUGUCGUUAUUUCGAUGUUCUCUGGUAUAUGGGCAUGAUCUGGCAGUGGACCAGAGCCAAGCAUCGUGCCAGGAUGCAGCAUGUUCCACUUGAAGAUCUGGUGGGUGUCGAGUUUCAUGCUUUUGUGUCUUACAGUGAGCAUGACGCAGACUGGGUGAAAAACUCUCUCCUUCCCAACAUUGAAGGCCCUGCUGGAGGGCUCCGAAUCUGCCAUCAUGAGAAAAACUUUGUGCCUGGAAAGACAAUCAUUGAGAACAUCAUCACCUGUGUGGAGAAAAGCAGACGCUCCGUUUUUGUGCUUUCUGCUCACUUCGUCAAAAGUGAGUGGUGCCAUUAUGAGCUGUACUUUGCCAGCCACCGCCUUUCUUGGGGCUCGGAUAGCGUUGUGCUGGUGCUGCUUGAGCCUCUGCCUCAAUACCUGAUCCCAUCCAAGUACUACCAGCUGAAGUCCAUGAUGGGUCGGCACACAUACUUGGAGUGGCCUCAGGACAGGGCCAAACACAGGCUGUUCUGGGCUAAUCUCAGAGCUGCGCUACAAACAGACCUGCCAAAUGCACCAGUGACAGAACUAGAUGAGUAACUGUGGAUGGCAGACUCAAGGAGCAGUGUCUAGGAUUUAGUGGCAGAGUUCCCAAAGGGUUUUUUGUUUUGUUUUCAAUAAUAAAAUGGGAUAAAUACUCCAGUAUUGGGUUUUUUAGUUCUAGCUUACUGUAGAUACAUGGCAAUGCAACAAGGCAAGCUGAGGGCCCACUUUCUAUGUAUAUACGAAGGGCUCAUUAUAAGUUAAUGAAAACACAAUUCUUAGUUUAAGGUGAUUAUACAAUUUUAAAAAAUCAUUGUGAAUAUUAUACUCAAUUUCUACCAAAAAAUCCCCUUGAAUCCUACACACCGCUUCUAUAAGACGAGGAAGUAGGAAGAGGAAGUGUGGGGACAGAAGUGAGAGUUAAAGAGGAACACAGUAGGAGUUGGAGCAUGUGGGCUCCAUGAGGUACACAUUUGU